AUGUCGGCGUGGGUCAGGUACGACGCCAACGCGAGCACGCUCUCGGCGACGCUGCGGUUCGACCACCUUCCGGAGCUGGGCCUCUACAACGUCAGCGCGACCGUCGACUUCAAGGAAGCUGGGCUGCCGCAGCAAGCGGCGGUCGGGUUCUCCGGAGCCACCGGAGAUUUCGUCGAGCGCCAUCAGAUCCUUUCGUGGUCGUUCGAGUCCACUCUCGUCAGCGUCGCCGUUGUCAACACGACCGGCAAGUGCCUUUCCCUGCUUGUAGCUUUGUUAUUUCUCCUUUUUUCUCUUUAUUAG